GUUUAACAACGUUAACCGAGGUUUAAGACAGUUGUGGGACACAAUAUUUACCGUAAACCAAGUUUAAAGGUUUAAACUCCGGUUAAACUAAGUUGUGAAACUCAGUGAAACUGGCCCUGUGUAGCUAUAAACGAACUAAACGAACCAACGAACUUGCGCACUUGCGCAGUGAGCGAUCAUAACGCCAACAGCGAAACUCGUGAGAAAGGUAAGUAGUUUAAUUUUUCUACCUUGUCGAAUGCAAACAGCUGAUUACAAUAAACAAAAGCACAAUGAUGCCACACAUAUUAAACGGAUUACUGGCGACCACAAGUGGUUAUCGAAAAGUGCCUAACAGAGAAUUCUUUUACUGGUUAACCAUAAUAUUUAACAGGGUUGACUACGAAAGAAUACAAUCAGUUGGCCCAGACCGUGCGUGUGCCGAAUGGCUCUUGAAGAACGGUGCCAGUGUCAGAUGGAAAGGUUUCUCGGAACACCUGAAAGAUUACAAUAAAUUACCACCAGAAGAAAAUCGAUGCUACAUACAAGCAGUAGAUGCUACAGAUUCUGGGAUAACACAUAUAGGAUUUCCAUAUUUUGUUGGUUGCAGGUAUAUUGACGAGAUAAAACUUAUACGUUGUUUUUACUUGUAUAACUCUGCCUUGCCAUUAUUAUCAGCAGUGAAAGAUACCUUAACUGUUCUUGAGAUCAAAGAUUGUAAGAGUAUAACCAAUCAAGGAGUACACAGUUUGAAAAAUCUCAAAAAUCUGAAAACUUUGAAACUCGCUGGUAUGCCAUACUUGGAGGAUAAAACUUCACUUAGAAAAGAGCUUGCAGAAGCUCUGCCAAGUUGUACAAUAGAACUGGAGUAAAUUAUAUGAUUUUAGGCAUCGCUAUUAGAAUAGUAUCUGCUUACAUACA